CCUCCAGCCGCCGCCGCCGCUCCCCCGGCUGCGGCGGCGGAGGGGGAGGCAGUGGGGAGUGGUGGGGAGGCGGUGCCCCCUAAGCCUGCGGCACCGGGCCCGGCCGCCUCCCCGGCGGCGCUGGACCGGCAGACGCUCGUGGCCGUGCUGCAGUUCCUGCGGCGCAGCAACCUCCGCGAGUCUGAGGAGAUCCUGCGCCGGGAAGCCCGCCUGCUCGGCGAUGACCUGGGUGCUGCUGCCCUCAGCCCCGCCGGCGCCGGGCUUCUGGGAGCCCCGGGCAGCGAUGCGGACUCCGCCGGCGGCGAGGCACUGCUCAGCCGGGUCACCGCUGCUGCCGCCAUCGCCAUAGGAGGCAGCGUCGCCACUGUCGCUUCUUCCAGCCCCGGGGUGGCGGCAGUUGCCGCCGUGCCGCCGGGGAAAGUUGGAGGCGGCGUUGUUGUGGAAGAUCAGCCAGAUGUGAGUGCAGUAUUGUCUGCCUACAAUCAACAGGGAGAUCCGACACUGUAUGAGGAAUACUACAGUGGAUUAAAACACUUCAUUGAGUGUUCCCUGGACUGUCAUCGAGCGGAAUUGUCUCAGCUGUUUUAUCCUCUCUUUGUGCACAUGUACUUGGAAUUGGUCUACAAUCAACAUGAGAGUGAAGCAAAGUCUUUUUUUGAAAGAUUUCAUGGGGAUCAGGAGUGCUACUACCAGGAUGACCUGCGUGUAUUAUCUAGCUUAACCAAAAAAGAGCAUAUGAAAGGUAACGAGACCAUGCUGGAUUUCCGAACAAGCAAGUUUGUGCUGCGUAUUUCCCGUGACUCUUACCAGCUCUUGAAGAGGCAUCUUCAGGAAAAGCAGAACAAUCAGAUCUGGAACAUUGUUCAGGAACAUCUUUACAUUGAUAUCUUUGAUGGAAUGCCUCGCAGUAAACAACAGAUAGAUGCUAUGGUUGGAAGCUUGGCUGGGGAGGCAAAACGAGAGGCUAAUAAAGCAAAGGUUUUCUUUGGCUUAUUGAAAGAACCAGAGUUUGAUGUGCCUUUGGAUGAUGAAGAUGAAGAAGGAGAAAAUGAGGAAGGAAAGCCAAAGAAGAAAAAACCUAAAAAAGAUAGUGUAGGGUCAAAAAGUAAAAAACAAGACCCUAAUGCUCCUCCCCAAAACAGAAUUCCUCUGCCUGAACUGAAAGACUCUGACAAGCUGGAUAAAGUAAUGAAUAUGAAGGAAGCUGCAAGGCGUGUGCGUCUUGGUCCAGAGUGCCUGCCCUCCAUCUGUUUCUACACGUUCCUUAAUGCUUACCAGGGUCUGACUGCAGUGGAUAUUACAGAUGACUCUAGCAUGAUUGUAGGAGGCUUUGCUGACUCCACUGUCAGAGUGUGGUCUGUGACUCCGAAAAAGCUACGUAGUGUGAAAACAGCAGCAGACCUCAGUCUCAUCGACAAAGAAUCAGAUGAUGUCUUGGAAAGGAUCAUGGAUGAGAAAACAGCAAGUGAGUUGAAGAUUUUAUAUGGUCACAGUGGACCUGUCUAUGGCACCAGCUUCAGUCCCGAUAGGAACUAUCUGUUGUCUUGUUCUGAGGAUGGCACUGUCAGAUUGUGGAGUCUCCAAACAUUCACGUGUUUGGUGGGAUAUAAAGGACACAACUAUCCAGUAUGGGAUACACAAUUCUCUCCUUAUGGUUAUUACUUUGUGUCAGGGGGACAUGACAGAGUGGCUCGGCUGUGGGCAACGGAUCACUACCAGCCUUUACGGAUAUUUGCUGGCCACCUUGCUGAUGUGACGUGUACCCGAUUUCAUCCAAACUCCAACUAUAUUGCCACGGGUUCAGCAGACAGGACUAUACGGCUCUGGGAUGUUUUGAAUGGGAAUUGUGUAAGAAUAUUCACUGGACAUAAGGGACCAAUUCAUUCACUGGCAUUUUCUCCGAAUGGACGAUUCCUGGCUACUGGAGCAACAGAUGGAAGAGUUCUGCUGUGGGAUAUUGGACAUGGCUUGAUGGUUGGCGAAUUGAAAGGGCACACUGACACUAUCUACGCGCUCAGAUUCAGUAGAGAUGGGGAGAUUUUAGCAUCAGGUUCAAUGGAUAACACAGUGCGUCUGUGGGAUGCUGUGAAGGCUUUUGAAGAUUUAGAAACUGAUGACUUUACUACAGCCACUGGACAUAUAAAUUUGCCUGAAAACUCACAGGACUUAUUACUGGGUACAUACAUGACCAAAUCAACCCCAGUUGUACACCUCCAUUUCACACGCAGAAACUUGCUGUUGGCUGCAGGAGCCUACAGUUCACAGUAAAUGGGGAAGCACUAGAACUGACUGUGCCAAGUCAUUGCAGUAGUGACCUCAGGAUGUGAGACGAGGAGGAAUGUCUUGUACAGGUGGAUCCCACUAGUUGCAGGAAAAACAGAACUGUGUAAACUAAUGCAAGCAGUGGUUUUCAAUUCUGCUAUUUCAUAUUUAUCCACAGUUUGAAAAUGCUGGAGAUUGACAAGACAUCAUGACUGUAAAAGAAGGAAUUGUUCAUGGUGCUUUUGAUAACCAAAAAAAAAAAAAAAAAAAAAAAAAAAAAAAAAAAAAAAAAAUUACUGUCUCCUCUGAGAUGGUAUUGACCUCUGCUGAAACUUGUGGAAAGUUAACAGUGUUGGUAUGUGUUCUCAAAUGAUUUUUAUUUUUUUUUAAAGCACUUAAUUUAUGGUUAGCAAAUGUUUAAUCCAUCUCAAACACAAGCAAAACUGUUCAGUUUCAGAAAAGAAGAAUGUUGUUUAAUCCACUAUAGCCUGGGCUGGGCAACAGGUAUGGUGAGAGUAUCACAGCAACAAACAGGGCAUUGAAAGAGUUGGUCCUACAGGCAGAGGCUUGUGCGGAACUCUCAGGAAGUUACACGCCUGGGUUUUAUGCAUCCAAGUACUAAGUCCUGAAAAGAUUUCAAACUCCUGUGUUCUUCUGCGGUAUCAGAAACACAGAUCUUGUUAUUCUGUUUUCACAGGCAGCCAAUGCUGGAAGUGUUAUAAGCAACCAAAAGUGCAGUGUGAACUUUACUUUCAUACUUGGGGGAGGAGGGGGGGGUGAGGGGGUAGUAAGGAUUGAGGCACAACUUAAAUACCCACUAUUAAAAAAGCAGGCUUAAACCUUUUUACAUUGUAUUAGAUCUAAAAGAACUUUUAAAACUUCUUCUGCAUAAGGUUUAAUAUGUCAAAAUUAAAAACUAGCCAAGAAAUUGAAACAUAGUGCAGAGUAAAAGGAUUAAUCAGUCCUAAGUGUAUUAUCAGUUUGCUUUUGAAAGGCCAGCUUAUCUGCUGAAGUGAGUCUCUAUCCACAAAAAACUGUACCCCAGUCAGUCCUCUUCAACAACCAAUAAACUUCAGUGCUUUAUUUCUGAGGAAGAGUAAAACAUGCAGAACACUGGGAAGUAUAACUUUUUUCUGGGUCUUCGACCAGAAAACACCACCAAAGGACAGGCCAGUUUGGUGUGGUUUUGGCUUUAUUUUGGGGGUUUUGUCCUUUUUUCUUGAAAUAUCUUACAAGCUGUAUACAGGGAACUCUGUUUUGUGUUUCUUGUUACUUUUUAGUAAGGGCUUGGACACCUGAACAAUCUGCUGGCUCUAGUGAAAAUAAAAUCAAGACUUUACAUUUCUAAGGUAAAGUAAACAGAGAACUACCUCCCCUCUCAUCCUUCUCUGAAUCUAACUCUUGGAGUAAAGGUAUAUUACAGGCAUUAUACAUCAAAAUAGAGUGGAAAAUUCAUUAGGAAGCUCAUGUGGAAAUUUAAAGCAAAGUGUUUAAACUAAAUUAUUAUAGAUUUUUUUUUUACAUAAUGGUACUUCAACAGAAUUUCCUAGUUCUCAAGAUGACCAGUUGGAUUUAAAUACAAUUAUGGUGAAUCAAACAAGUCACCUAAAACAAAACAUGUAGACUUCUGACAGUUUAAAGAAAACACUGCCACUUUCUGCCUUUGUAUUUUGUACAGUUUUGUACUUUUGAUAUUAUAAUAAAUACUAAAACCACAUAGUUUGUGUCUAUCUGUUACAAGAAGGUAUUUUCUUCCCAUCAUGGCUGCAAUGGAAGCAAGAGCAGUGUUUGUACCUGUGAGUGUUCUCCUAGGAGAAACAAAGUCAUUCAGAAACAGUUAGGUGGAUGACUACCCCUUUCAUGUAGAACUUGUUCUAAGGGUAGGUGAUGGUUCUAGGUAAUUAGAUCUAUUUACACUGUUACAACACUCAUUAGUCAUCUGGAAAGUUGUAUACAUCAACUCAUGAGAGGAAAACGAUUGUAUUUAUUCCGACAGCCCAGCAUGUACAAAUAACUUUAAGAAUACAUGCACUCGAGUGAGCACAACACCCCUGUAAUUUCUCUUUUUCCCGCAACCGUGCCUACCUCCUGCUGCCCUCAGUUGGGGAAGUACAUUUGCAUGCUUUAGCAUCAGAAGUCCCAGGUUCAACCCCUGCUGCUGGCACCCCUCCAAGAAACAGGGUGCUGUACAAUCACAUCCACACAGUAGCACUAAUGUGACAUCUAAGGAAGGUGCCGAUUUUUAAUUGAGAUAUAGAAAGACACCGUGGAGGACAUGAUAGACAAGUUUCAGUGUUGGGCAGGGAGGGGGCUGCAUAUAUCUAACUGUGGUAGGAACAUAUCAUUUAUUAAGAGACUAUGUCCAGGAAAAAUAAGCACUGAACUACUCAAGUCACUGUUUAUGAACAUGCAGUUAUGAGAGCUUAAUAUCAGCAAAGUAAGCCAUUUUCUUUCUGGAAGUUACCUCUGCAAGAGAGGCCAGUAACAGAAAAAGCUCAAAUACCAUCAUUUGAUCAAUCUAUUUUGGGAGGUUUUUCAUCAAAACCAGAUGGGUUCUGUGCAAAAUGCAGACAGAAGUUUAAUCUGCAUUGCAGUAAUAGUAAUGAAGAAGUCACUGUCUCCAUGUAAGCUACUAGCUCGGAAAGCAAAAAAAAAAGGAGUAACUAGGUAACCGCAAACCACUAUGACAUGGAAGCGUGGAGAUGGCUCUGAUCAGCUCUUAAGCUCUGGGCCAGUAUUAUUGUCCUGCUGCUGACAUCUUUCCUAGGUUACCACUAGGUGCUCAGAACACUUUAGGAUGUGUUAUAACAGCAGAAGAGUUUAGUUAAGAUAGUAGUGACAGAAAACAGCUACUCCAUCAUCACUACAAAUAACUAUUUUUGACAGAGGAAAAAAAAAA